UCCCGGGAGCAGCUACCUCGCGCCAACGACUUUAAGGCCAUAGCCUAGUGAGAGAGUGACCACGCAGCUAGCAAUGGUUGCUGAGGCUGGGAGCUUCGCCAUGGAGAACGGCGAGCCGCAGGGAGCGGAGUACGCGCAGGACGGGUCGGUGGAUCUGCGCGGCAACCCCGUGCUCCGGUCCAAGCGGGGCGGCUGGACUGCCUGCUCCUUCAUCGUCGUGUACGAGCUGUUCGAGAGGAUGGCGUACUACGGGAUCGCGUCGAACCUGGUGAUCUACCUGACGGACAAGCUCCACCAGGGCACGGUGGAGGCGUCCAACAACGUCACCAACUGGUCCGGCACCGUCUUCCUCACGCCGCUGCUCGGCGCCUACGUCGCCGAUGCAUACCUCGGCCGGUACUGGACCUUCGUCGUCGGCUCCGCCAUAUACUUCAUGGGAAUGGUGCUGUUAACGCUGUCCGUCUCCCUGCCGGGGCUGAAACCGCCGCCAUGCGACGGCAAAGUCUGCCCGCCGACCACGGCGCUGCAGCUCGGCGUCUACUUCGGCGGGCUGUACAUCGUGGCCUUCGGUAACGGCGGCACCAAGCCCAAUAUCUCGACCAUCGGCGCGGACCAGUUCGACGAGUUCGACCCGCGGGAGAAGAUGCACAAGCUCUCCUUCUUCAACUGGUGGAUGUUCACCAUCUUCGUCGGCAUUCUCUUCUCCUCCACCGUCCUCGUCUACCUACAGGACAACGUCAGCUGGUCCGUCGGCUACGGCAUCCCCACGCUGGGCCUCAUGGUCUCCAUCUCCAUCUUCCUCGCCGGCACCAGGCUGUACCGCCACAAGGUGCCUCAGGGCAGCCCGUUCACGCGCAUGGGCAAGGUGGUCGCCGCCGCGGUCUGCAAGUGGCGACUCCCCGUCCCGGCCGACGCCAAGGAGCUGCACGAGCUGGAGCUCGAGGUGUACACCAGGAAGCGUAAAUUCCGGAUGGACUCCACCAGCGCCAUGAAGUUUCUGAACAAGGCUGCCGUGAAGGACCACGACGCCGGCGGCGACUCGCCGGCGAAGUGGAGCCUGUGCACGGUGACACAAGUGGAGGAGACGAAGCAGAUGGCCAAGCUGGUCCCCAUACUCGUGACAAUGUUCGUGCCGUGCACGCUCAUCGCGCAGACGAACACCCUCUUCGUGAAGCAGGGCACAACCAUGAAUCGGCACAUGGGGCCGCACUUCCAGAUCCCUCCGGCGAGCCUCGGCGCGUUCGUUACGCUAACCAUGCUCGUCGCCGUCGUGGUCUACGACCGGAUCUUCGUCAAGGCCAUCCGGCGUUACACCAAGAACCCCCGGGGGAUCACCAUCCUGACGCGGAUGGGCAUCGGCCUGCUCCUGCAGAUCGUGACGAUGGCGACCGCGUCGGUGAUCGAGAGCCGGAGGCUGGCCUACGCCCGGAGCCACGGCCUGGACAAGACCGGCGGGCAGCUGCCGCUCACCAUCUUCGUGCUGCUGCCGCAGUUCGUGCUGAUGGGCCUUGCCGACGCGUUCCUGGUGGUGGGCAAGAUCGAGUUCUUCUACGACCAGGCGCCGGAGAGCAUGAAGAGCCUGGGCACGGCCAUGUCCCUGACGGCGUACGGCGUCGGCAACAUCCUCAGCAGCUUCCUCCUCUCCAUGGUGACGCGCAUCACGCGUGAGCGCGGGAACGCGUGGGUGACCAACAACCUCAACGCCUCCAACCUCGACUACUACUACGCGUUCCUCACCGUGCUCGGUGCCAUCAACUUCCUGGCCUUCAUCGCGCUCAGCGGCAGGUACAGGUGCAAGGCUGAAUCCACCGAGACGAUCGACAUUGUCAUGGGUUUGCAGGCCGAGAAAGCCAAGUUGCAGGCGGAGCCAAUAGCUUGAUAAGACUCUGUAAGGAGGUGGGCAGCCAUGAUGCGAAUCGUAGUGUUCAUGUAUCGUACUGCAAAGCAUAGAACUUUGCAGGUUCACUAUAAAACUAAUGUAAAAAAACACAGAAUUUCCACAACUAGUGUUUGUAUGAUGCAUUAGAUUGCUCUGAAACUCUGAAGCCCACCUCGCAAGAAAAUAUGAGCAUAACGAACACAAGAAAGUUCUAUGACUUCACCGCUGUGAAGUCAGAGAUGUAUAUUAAUUUGUGUCUUGAUAAACAGUAAUUUACAGUUAAUCUUUGAUCCAA